AUGUUUGAAGGGGUCAAGAUGUUAUAUAGUGUACCUCUUCCUGCUCAUUUGGGACCUACACAGAACGGAUCCAAGAAGGUCUUUGCUAUGGGCACCCUCGGAUUGCUAUUUGAAGUCAACUAUUUACUUGAAGAUAAUAUUGCGUUUCAGAAUGAUACACGCUUGUUGAAACGAGAAAGGAGCAGCAAACAACAGCUACUGGUACAACAUAAGGCAAACAGUGAGAGUACUGAGUAUGAGGAAGAGGAGAAGAAGAUGAAGAGGGGUGAAGCUAGAGAGACAAAAUCAAAAGAAAAGAAAAGUAACACUGGUAGAGUAUACUAUAGGUAG